AUGCCGAGGAGAGCGAAACCAGCCUCCUACUCAGCCUCCCCAGGGCUCUCCCAGGCCGAGGAGAGCCUCCAGAUCCUGGUGGAGACUGAAGGAGACAGCAUCCCGCUGAUGGAGAUCAAUGCUGGUGACACCCAGGCCUCCGAGCAGUGGGAUUUUGUUCUCGUGGCUGACCGCCGCACCCAGAGAAAUCCCAAGCAGGCCUGCCAGCAGCGACGGUUCCUGGAGGAGCUCAAGAGGAAGGGCUUCCAUUACAAGAUGAAGGAGGACCACGAGAAGGUGUUCUUUGGGGUCCGAGCCGACAGCAGGAUCUUUGAUCAGUACCGCACACUCCUCAUGGAGCCUCACGGUCCCACCGUCAGAGUGCAGCCGGCCAGGCCUACUCCCAUCCCAGCCACCACGAGGAUCCGGAUUGUCAACUUUGUGCUGAACAGCAAGACAGCAGCUGGGGACACGUUAGAGGAUUUGGUGAAGAAUGGGGUCUUUGAGACCAGAUUCGCCCUGCACAAGGGAGAGGACGACCUGAGGAAGAAAUGGGCCCAGUGGAGAAACAUGGUCCACAAGCAGCCAAUUGAUGAUAUCAGAGACUACUUUGGUGAGAAGGUGGCCCUGUACUUUGCCUGGCUCGGCUGGUACACUUACAUGCUGGUGCCCGCCGCGGUGGCCGGCCUCGUCAUCUUCCUGAGCGGCUUCUCCCUGUUCAACGCCAGCCAGAUCAGCAAGGAGAUCUGUGAGGCACAGGACACCCUGUUGUGCCCCCGUGGGGACCACAGCCGCAGGUACCAGAAGCUCUCAGACACCUGCACGUUCGCCAAGCUCACCCACCUCUUCGACAACGAGGGCACCGUGGUCUUUGCCAUCUUCAUGGCUCUGUGGGCCACGGUGUUCUUGGAGAUCUGGAAGCGGAAGCGAGCCAGUGUGGUCCUGCACUGGGACCUGUACGGGUGGGACGAAGACCAGGAGGAAAUAGCGCUCGAACUCAUUAACUGCCCAGAUUACAAGCUGCGGCUACACCAGCACUCCUACCUGCGAAGCACCGCCAUCCUGAUCGUAUCGCUCCUGAUGAUCUGCCUCAUGAUCGGCGCGGCCCAUGCCCUGGUGGUCUACCGCGUCCUGGCUGCCGCCCUCUUCAACUCCACCCUGCUCUUCCAGGAGGAGCAGGUGACCACAGCCACGGUGGUGACCGGGGCUCUGGUCCACUACGUGGCCAUCGUCAUCAUGACCAAGAUCAACAAGUAUGUGGCCCUCAAGCUCUGUGACUUUGAGAAGCCCAGGACCUUCUCAGAGCGGGAGAGCAAGUUCACCAUCAAGUUCUUCACUCUGCAGUUCUUUGCCCACUUCUCCUCCCUCAUCUACAUCGCCUUCAUCCUGGGCAGGAUCAACGGUCACCCCGGGAAGUCCGUGCGCCUGGCAGGGAUGUGGAGGCUGGAGGAGUGCCAUCUCAGUGGCUGCAUGAUGGACCUGUUCCUGCAGAUGGCCAUUAUCAUGGGUCUGAAACAAACGCUCAGCAACUGUGUGGAGUACCUGGGCCCGUGGCUGGCCCACAAGUGUCGUUUAAUACGGGCCAAGCUGAGCCACGCAUCCGAGGACCCCGAGCUCAGGGACUGGCAGCGCAACUACCUCCUGAACCCAGUCAACACCUUCAGCCUGUUCGAUGAGUUCAUGGAGAUGAUGAUCCAGUACGGCUUCACGACCAUCUUCGUGGCCGCCUUCCCGCUCGCCCCGCUGCUAGCGCUUUUCAGCAACCUCGUGGAGAUCCGCCUGGACGCCAUUAAGAUGGUCAGGUUGCAGCGGCGCCUGGUACCCCGCAAGGCCAAGGACAUCGGGACCUGGCUGCAGGUGUUGGAGACCAUCGGUGUGCUGGCGGUCAUUGCCAACGGAAUGGUCAUCGCCUUCACAUCUGAGUUCAUCCCCCGAGUGGUGUACAAGUACCACUACGGCCCAUGCCGACAGGGGGCCAACCCUGGAGUCGACUGCCUCACGGGUUACGUCAACCAUAGUCUGUCCGUGUUCCACACCAAGGACUUCCAGGACCCCAUCGGGAUAGAGGGCUCAGAGAACGUGACUGAGUGCAGGUACCGGGACUAUCGCAACGAUCAGGAUAACUACAACUUAUCCAAGCAGUUCUGGGUCCUCCUGGCCAUCCGCCUGGUCUUCCUUAUCGUCUUUGAGCACGUGGCCUUGUGCAUCAAGCUCAUUGCUGCCUGGUUCGUGCCUGAUGUCCCUCAGUCUGUAAAGAACAAGGUUCUGGAGCACAAGUACCGGACACUCUGGUAUGGGAGGCAGAGGCCAGGCAGGGGCCCCGGCUGCUGGGCGGGGCUGCACCUGCCGUCGCCACCGGGGUUGUCGCCGCUGCGCACCUGGCCCAGUGGCUUCCUCGUGACCUUCGCCCAGGAGACGGAGGUGGAACGCCGCAGCGCGCGGGGCCCCUCGCCUCGGACCGGAGCUCAGAUCCAGGGGCCUCCGUGA